UCACUCUGAUUGGUCACCCGGAAAAUGAAAAUGACAUUAACCAAGAUGGCGGCUGGGCGACAGAGAAAAGUGAUGAGAGAAUAGAACAACAAGCGAUACAACUGCAUAACAUUGUACAUUUAUGUACAGUGUGCGAUUACAUCGAAGCAGACCUCUACUUCAUCUUCGGGAAGCUGACAAUCCCAUGCCGAGAGAGCGCUCUGCUCUACGGAGAUACAAGUAUUUAGCUAACUGUUUGCUAACUAGCUGCUGAAGUGAAGCUAGCGUGGCUAACGUUCGUUGACUGCGGAAGGCGAGAGGGUAGAAGCUGGAGGCAGCAGCUCCGAGUACGAGCAGACAAGUCAGGCGCAUUUUUUUUUAAAGUAAAGCGACAUUAACUACCCUGAACGAGUUGGAAACACGGAGCAGGUCGUCCAAAGCAGGGGUCGGUGAGGAAAGUAACCUUCCACAGUUCAUAAGGAUAGCAGAAAAAGACGAGGAAAGGCGUCAUCUUUGCUGAUCUGACGCCAUGGCUCUUUCCCCUAUUCAGAGCGGACUGCAUGGAGUUCAGAACUUCAGAGCAGAUCCAGAGGAGUUUUUCACCAAGAUGGACAGAAUAGGCAAAGGCUCUUUCGGCGAAGUCUUCAAAGGCAUCGACACUCGGACUCAGAAAGUUGUGGCCAUUAAAAUUAUCGAUCUGGAAGAAGCGGAGGAUGAGAUCGAGGACAUUCAACAGGAAAUCACAGUUCUGAGCCAGUGUGACAGCCCCUUUAUCACCAAGUAUUAUGGAUCCUAUCUCAAGGGUACGAAGUUAUGGAUAAUAAUGGAAUAUUUGGGAGGAGGAUCAGCCCUGGAUUUGUUGGAGCCUGGCGCUUUGGAUGAAACCCAGAUCGCCACAAUUCUGAGAGAGAUCUUAAAAGGACUCGAGUAUCUGCACUCGGAAAAGAAAAUCCACAGAGAUAUCAAAGCUGCCAACGUGUUGCUGUCAGAACAAGGCGAGGUGAAGCUGGCUGACUUUGGAGUGGCGGGCCAGCUGACAGACACGCAGAUCAAGAGAAACACAUUUGUUGGGACUCCUUUCUGGAUGGCACCUGAAGUCAUAAAGCAAUCCGCCUACGAUUCAAAGGCAGACAUCUGGUCAUUAGGAAUAACAGCAAUCGAGCUGGCUAAAGGAGAGCCGCCCCACUCUGAGCUCCAUCCUAUGAAGGUCCUCUUCCUCAUCCCAAAGAACAACCCACCAACACUGGAAGGAAACUACAGUAAACCACUUAAAGAAUUUGUCGAAGCCUGUUUAAAUAAGGAGCCUAGCUUUAGGCCAACUGCCAAAGAGCUGUUAAAACACAAGUACAUUGUAAGGCACGCCAAAAAGACAUCAUAUCUGACAGAGCUGAUCGACCGCUACAAGAGGUGGAAGUCAGAGCAGUCUCGAGAUGAAUCCAGCUCAGGUUCUGACGAGGAGUCAGACGGUCAGGCAUCUGGAGGAGACAAUGCUGCCAAUGAUGAAUGGAUCUUCAACACCAUCAGGGAGAAGGACCUCAAGAAGUUCCAGAAUGGGGCGGCACAGCCCGCUGAGCUGGAAAGACAACAAGACAACCAGGUGCAGGAGGAGGAGUGUCCAAAGAGGCCUUUGUCACAGAGCUUAUCAACAAUCUUCUCUCCAUUGUUUACUGAGUUGAAAGAAAAGGGGGAGACAAGUAAUGGCAAACCUGAGGCUGCAGAGGAGCUGCGAGACGCCAUUUUCCAGGCAGAAGAAACACACCCGGGGAUCUGUGACUCCCUGGUAGCUGAAUUAGUGCAGAGACUUCAGAGGUUUUCUGUGCCACACGCAGCUGCCGCUCACUGAGAGCAACCUCAUCCAGCUCUGCUCUAAUUCCCCACCCUGGUGGCAGUAGUCAGAUCUUUUCUUCUGACCCCCCACAGCCGGGAUGAAGUCUCCCAGGAAGGUCUCCACCACUCAUUUGCCUGAAGCAAAUCCUGGCCUACUUAAUAUCUGUUUAUACGCUAGCACACCACCAGAGGGUCCUAUUCAGGACAGUGAGUGGCCAGCCUGCUGUAAGAUGUCCCUUCUUAAUACCUCCUUCACAACUGGUUUCAUUUUUAGGUUGGAGUUAGCUUUCUCUGCGAGGACUCUUUGAGUUUUUGGUUUUUAGUGGCUUUUUUUUCACAAAGGUUUGCACUCAGCAUCCUUUUAGAGGAAAUACCUUGCAUAAUUAAUUGUGUGCAUGUGUGUGUGUUUGUGCGUGUGGCUGUGCGAGAUAUCCUGUGAAACGUGUGGUGAGGAGUGACGGAUGGGGUUGAAGCAUUCUAUUGAAAACUCAGGUAUCCUGCUUUAAGUGGACUGGGUCCUGUGGGAGACGGAAAAAGCUCUUUAGGGUGGCUGUACAGACUUGUAAAUAAGCUAAUUUCUACAGAUUCAUGAAAAAAUAAAGAAGCGUUUCUAAUGGUACCACUGUGUACAAAUGGCCAAAUGCAAACUGUAGAUAAUGGUUUUGAGGUAAAUAUUUUGAGAGACUAAAACGGCCAUAUAUGAGAUUGCCUUGCCUUUCUACUCGUUCUUUUGUAUAUCAGUCUUUGAUUUCUCCAGUUGUAAAACUUUUUAGGUAUCAUCCAGUGAAUAAAAAUGGCUGCCCUUUAUCAUGUUUACUAUGAUUUAUGAUAGAUUUGAGCUUUGUGGUUUCACACUCUGUGCUGUGGUUGUAAUUAUUUUAGAGAAUGUAAAAACAAAGCCAGGCUGGACCGCUGAAGCCCCCACCAGUUCGAAACACUGGAUGCUCUGUUGUUAGACUGAUCCAACAUGGCCCAGAGUUCUGUUGGUCUGUUGGACUUCUUUGCCUAACCCACAUUUUUUCGUCUUUGCUGUGUUUUUUCUUUUCUUUUCUUUUCUUUUUUUUUGACUGGUUAGAUAAACUGGGGUUUCGUCCAUUCAUUCCAUUAACAGGGCAGUGCCAUCUAGUUUCUUAAUCAGCAGACUCUGUUAGUCUUCCUAGGAGCUGCACUGGUACUAUCUAUCUCCUCAGCGUACCAACAGCUUUUAAUUGCACUUCAAGUAUAAAUGCCUUUGACUAUAAACAAGUAGCCAUAAAACAGUAGCAUGAGACUUAUAGUAUUUUGCAGGUAUGCUAUCUGGGAUAAAAGAAAGUCCCCCUGAAGUCUCACAGCUUGGACUCUGGCGGUGGUCAUGCAGUGUAAAAUUCGCCUGCCUGAGCUGUAUCUUUCUGUUUGGACUUGUGAGAGUGUUUUUUUUUAGUUCUACAGUGAAAACAUUCAGACUCCUCACAUGGUAGAAGACCCUGCUGUCAGAUGUACAUACUAAUACAAAGCCAGGAGGUGUUCAGAGACCAGCAGCACUGCUACUUCUUCUGACUGUAGUUUUAAAGGAAUGUGCAUGAUAGUAUAACAGAAUAAAGCCUGUCGGGCGGGCCUGGGCAGUCUGCGUUGUAGCACACUGCUGCAGGGUUGGAAGAGUGUGGAGUCCUGAACAGAGUUAAAUCAGCCUUAGAGUAUUUGUGAUGAAUGAGAUGAAUAGUAUCAGCUUUAAAAUGUUAGAUCAAAUGUUUCUGUUGUGAUUUCUUCUUCUUCUUUUUCCUCCCUCUGGCAUUGAAAUGCAUUUGCAGCAAUACUUAAAACAAUGAUCAAAAACAUUUCUAUCAUUCCUCGCCAGAAUAAUGUGCGCAUGAACAAAUGGACGCUAGGAGUUUUGAUGAAUCUUAAAGAGUGGGAUGAUGAUUUUUGUUAUGCUGCAGGGCAAUACAUGGCACAAAAUACAACUUACGUUAAAGCUAAGGCUUAGCGGUUUGGCUUAUAUGAUUAUCUGCUUUCUAGGGGAAAGUUAGACACGUUUUGUACAAAUCUGUCCAUUACAAAUAGGGUAGAAGUCAGCAGCAAGGACUGGAAAUGGAAGAACAGCUAGCCUUAAUAUUCCAAAUUCGAUCCAGGAGCACAUCUGAAGCUCACUUUUGAACAUAUCCUGUCUAAAACAUACAAAACUCACUGACCUUAUUUAAGAUGCGUGGGCUAUGGGUGUUUUCUUCCCCCUUGGUGAGGUGCUGAUGUGUUGCUUUGACAUCUGUUAUUUUAAAAAUAACAUGAUGAGCCUUUACUUUAAGAUGGACCUUGUGUCCUCUGGACAGAACCAUCCUAGCUGUUCCUACUCUUCCCAGUUUUUGCUAAGCUGAGCUAAGCGAAAAAGCUGCAAGCAGUAGCUUAAUAUUAUCAAUGCGAAUGUUAAAAAAGGGUGUAGAUCUCAUCCGCUACCACCAGAAAGCAAACUAGUGUCUCCUAAAGUUCAAACUCUUCUUUUAACUCCUACAUUUAAUGAUAUAAACAGAACAACUCUCCAAAAACAUGACCGCUUUUCUUUAUUGUCUGCUUGUGGUGCCGAACACAUUUGAACAGACGCUGGUUAACCAAAUCAUGAAACGUCUCAGACUGUUAUUUCCCAGUGCAAUUGCUACUUCGUUUCCUCUCUCCUCUGUGAAAAUCAGCUCUCCAUUCAUACUUGUCAUGUGAAAAUGUGCCAUGUAAGGCUCACAGCUUGACUGACAUGCAUUCAAAAACAAUUUGCACCUUUGAAAACAUGCUGUUAUGACUCUUUAUCGUAUGUGUUGCACUUUGCAGAUUUAUUUUGGUUUAAAAAAAAUGGUACUUAAGGAGGCUGCAAUGUUGUGUUGCAAUUUCACCAGAUUGGUUUUCUUUUUCAUUUUUUUUCCCUCUUUGUGUGUCGUAUGGCAAUAAAGCAGUGUGGACGCCAGGAGUCAUUUCUUAGCACAAGUAGGCAUAUAUUCUAUUGAACUAUUUUUAUAGCCCAACAGAGCAGUAUUAUGUAAUAGAGGGAGUAAAGUUUGGUUCAGUGAUGCGUUUAAGUUUCAGUAAACACUGGAGAGCAAUCACUUAAAAUGUACAUUUCAUUUUGUGUGUCUUUGCUGACAGUUUUAUAGUCCAGUAUACAUGUUUGCUAAUUCAGGACAGUGCUGUUGGAUCUAUUGAGAGUUGUCAAAUGAUUAAGAAAAAUAAAAAUCCAGUGCAAAUUUGA